AUGGCAUUCACCGGUAGCAUACUUACGUCGAUCGUCCGGGUACUUUGGAAACCGCAAGUUACCACCGUCCGGUACAGAUAUCACGCGGACAAGGUAGCCCGUGGUCCGCUGGUGAGACGGUACGGUUAUGAGGACAAAAUAUUGCAACGAGGGCUCCUGCCGCAUCUGGACAAUGGUCAAAAGUUACCAAUGCCCGACUAUAAACCCAAAAACGCUUGGUGCGAAAAGCGAGCACUAUUUGGACAGAAUGAUUAUAUCGACAUUCUUGGCAAUGACCGGCUUCAUCCCACUCGCGUUCUGUACUCGGUACCGUCCUGGCUUCGCGGUGUGUCCGGAAAUGAGUACCAGGUGCUGCUGCGAAAACGGAAAAUGCUCAGUCAAACCAUCUACCCAAUCGCCAGACCUACGAAAUGGAGAGAUAUGGAGAAACGUAUCUCAUAUCUGUACCGUUUCUUAAACCGUAAAACUAAAACAGGAUUUUCGAACGUUUAG